CCCCCUUUCCUCCCCAUCUACGUGUACGGCUGAGAUUGCAUUCGUAACUUUUUCCAUGGCCUCCCUCUCUCUCUCGGUACGGCGGCCACUCAGACGAGCCCAAUCAAAUCAACCCACUACUUCCCAGCGACACGAGCGUGACAGAGACAAGUAUUCAGUAACCGAAAUCUGACGGCUCCUGCCUAUUCUCCCCCACAACGCUCUCCCAAAUCCAACGGCUCUCGCUUCACCCAAAUCUUCCUUCCUUCAUAAACCUCCCCAGUCCCCUCUUCCUCCUUCGGUAUAAAUAAGCAGCAGCUCUUUCUUCCCAUCCCCAUUUCAGUCUCAGCAAAAAAGCAAACCAGAAACAGAGAAAUUGCUUCAAUCCAACGGAUCAAACCCAAUAGACACACAGACAAAAAAAAAAGGGAUUUGCAGAGAAGCGAAGAUGGUGGUGUUCUGUUUCCUGGUGGAUCAGAGGAGGAAGGUGAAGAGCAGCAAGCCGGCGGCGGGGACCUGCUCGAGGUGCGGCGGCGGAGCCAGCAUCGCCGACAUGAAGACCAGCACCAGGUUCUGCUACGUGCCCUUCUACUGGAAGACAUGGCGGGCCAUCAUCUGCACUUUCUGCGGCGCCCUCCUCCGCUCUUACCGAUAGAACCGCCGCCCCGCCCAUGUUUCCUUAAUUAAUUAGGCUGUGCCGUGCGUCUCCUCCACCUCUACCUAACACCUAUUCCCUCUGGGAAAUUGCGUGAGCUAGCUACCUACCUAACAGUCAUAAUCGGGUUUUGUAUUAUCUUCUUAUUAUUGGGUUUUUGUUUGCCUGAUUUCUUGGGAUCCAUGGCGCCGGCCGGUAGAAAUCAUAAAAAUGAUGAUGAUGGUAUGUAUAAUUAUAUCCCCCUAAUUAAUGUCUCCCUUCAGAUUUAGAACAGUUUUUUUUUUUCUGGUGCUGAAUCACAGCAUGCGAUGGGCAAUCAGCCAAUCACACUUUUGGUACUUAUAAACAGCACUGGAAACGCAAACUCUGGCGCUCUGCUGCGUCACUUGACGACCAUCACUGCAUGUAUGUGCUGACCAGAGAAGCCUCCGCUAAUUAGCAUGGACUUAAUUAGUUAAUAGUAAUAUAUGAAUGGAGGGUAAUUAAGGGGAAAUUAGCAGCAUAAGCUUGAUUUGGAUUACUGAGGAAUUGGGGGAAGUGGCCGUGACGAGCAGAGCAGGGCACAGCUGAGACAGAGAGAGAGAGAGAGUAAUAACUACAGAACCGUCCGCGUUGCUGUUUGUGUUGAGAGAGAGAGGUUGUGUACUGCCUGCCUGUGUUUUUAAUUUUCACCUUUCUUUCUUUCUUUCUUUCUUUCUAUCAACACUGUGUCAACAAGCUGUAUCCCGUACAAUUUCUCUUCAUUUCCUUCCCUUUCCUACAGACAUAAUCGAUCACCUCCAUUUUGCAACUACGCCCACUUUGUCUGCUCUUGAGCUAUUUUUAUAGCUUGAUUUGACUCUAUUUCUCGUUAUACCGCUCUCUUAAAUGCAUGCUUUCAUAUUUAAGUAUUUUGAUUUUUUUCCAUGGUGAAUGAAAUCGUACUGUACCGGCGGUUCAACAACAAAAUACUAAUAUCGGAGGCUAAAUUGGUAGACUUUAUUUAAUGGUACUAACUAUUAACUGUUGAACUACGGUUAAACCACGAUUUUGUAAUAAAAUAUCAUACUGUUG